AUGUUCUAUCAAAAUGAUGGAAUUGACUAUCUUAAACUUAACUUAAUUGAUGUUGUUCUCGAAAUCCAAAAAGGUGGAAUAUUUCCCUUGUCAGACCAAAAUCUAUAUACCAGAAAGGAUAUUGAAAGUAAACUAAAUGAUGUACUUGCUUAUUAUAAAGAUGGUAAGUUGUUCGAAAUAUUAACGGUUAUUCCCUACUUUCAAAAUUUAGUAUCAAUUCCUCCCUCACUUCGCUUCAUAUUUGCACUUACCUUAUAUCGAUUAGGAAGAAUGAAACCAGCUUUAAGAGAAAUGGCUUUAGCUAUUGAAUUAGAAUUUGUUCCGGAUAAAAAGCAUAUGUAUAUUUCACAUCUUCAAUCUAUGUUUAUUUCGGCAAACAAAAGAGAUAAUGCCAUGAUGUGUUCGGGUGAGAUUAUGAUAGAAUCCCAGGCUGAGUUAAUGGAAAACGAUUAUCAAGUUGACACAAAUAUCCUGAAUAUGUUAAUGGAACUACAUACAACACAAAGUUCUUUACUUAAAUCACCCACUGUACCUUCGGAUGAUUAUUUUAAAUAUGGAAUAUUAACUAUGCAUCAGCAAGUAGAUAUGUUUCUCCAAGCCAAUGGAACUCUUCCUGAUAGGUCAUUAGGUAAGUUAUGUAAAGAAGUUCGACUGAACUUAUCUAAGGUUGUAGACGAUUUACAAAACCUGGACUUAUCUGCAGAUGAUGUUGGACUUACUACCACUUCUGAAUUGGUAUUCGAAAGUAUUUUAUCAUUUCCACCCAUCUAUUUAUUUGAAGAUCUUAUGGAUAAAGAAGGCAGCUUAAAAGCUUUUCUUAAUUUUCAUAUGCCAUUUUACGAAAAGAUUCAUUAUUCUGUUAAGCCAAGUUUAUUAAUUUCUAGAUUGAAGAAAUGGAAAGUAAGAGAUGUUUGGUCCAUUGCUGAAGUAAUGGUGGUUCAUAAGACUAUCAUGGGAUUCUUACAGUAUUACCGGGAAGAUUAUGAUAAAGCAGAAACUAUGUUAUCGUGGGUGUAUAAUUUUUUAAUCAAAAUAGAGGAGCUGUUUGAUACUCCAUUUUAUAGUAGCAUUCUAAGUGUUAGGAAUUCACAAAUCAUGUUGAUAUUCAUUGGUUAUUGUAAAGUCAAUAAACAACAACAUUCUAAAGAGAAAUUAUCCAGCUUUCUUACUACAUUGGCUACCUCGUUAAAUGAAAUUAUAGAAGAGGAAUCUUCAGCAUCUUCAUCGUUGGUACUAUGUAACCUAUAUAAUGUUUAUGGCUUAGUGUCAGAACGACUUUCAUACCUUGAAGGUAAGACAAUAGCAAUUGAUGAUGGAAUGGGUAAUUCUAGUGAAGCUACAUAUUACGAAAGAAAAAGAUUAAUUUGUCUGAUAAAGAAUUACAUACAAAGUGUAUCAGAAGUUUAUGAAGAUGAUACCAUAAUUGUUUCAUUCUAUGAUAGAAUCUUAUGGUGUAUAUUAUUAGCGGGAGGAAUUCAUAUCAAGACUUUGCACUUUUUCACAUUACUUAGAAAUCAUUAUUAUAUCACUUCAUCUUAUCAAUAUCUUUACAAUGUUUUAGAUAAAGAAGGAUGGUUUUUUCAGGAUAAAGAUAAAAGAAAUUUAGGCUACUAUGAGAAUGGUUGGGAUAUUAUUGAGAAAGUUAAUGCCGUUAUGGAAACUCCAGAAGUCAAAAAUAUUCCUAAUAUUUGGAGUUCUGAACAUGGAAAUGUUCUCCUCAUACCACAGAUAUAUGAACAGAAUAAACGGCUAGUAUUAUUGAAUGACUCCUACGAGAUCAUAAAUGAAGAGAAACAGUUUAUAGAAUCGGUCAAUAAUCACAUUGAGCCCAAGCAUAAAUCUUGUCUCAAGAAGCUGGUAAGUCAAGAUUUCUCUGAGACCAUUAUAGAAAGUCGUUCAAUGAUAUUGACUUGGUUCGAAUCUCAUAGACUGAAGAAUAAAUCUAUACCUAAUGUAGUUCAAUCGUUUAUAUAA